AUCGCCGUGGCCCUCGGCCUUGAGCGGUCGCUCUAUUUAUUUUCGUUCCUGUUACUGGAAAUAUCACUGCUGUGGUGGUGCCAUGUUAGUCAGUCAUGGAAGUCACCGGGCAUCUGGACAGCAGGUGGUGUAGUGGUUAGAGUUGAGACCCAGGUUUGAAACCCUCUCCUGCUGUUUUUCCCUCGAUCAAGGUGUCUACAUGGAAAUUAUACAGAAAAACUACCCUGUUGUAUAAAUGGAAUGGAUUACCAUCCCACGCAUGCAUAUUGCCACCUUUUCAGUGACUUCCUCCAGCAUAUAUCAAUAGCUGCUUGUCCAAAGCAGGGUUGCAGUGGUCUGGAGCCUAUCCCAGAGGAAGCGGGGUGAGUGUACCUGGUAGCCUACGAUUUCAUAUUCCAUCCGUUCAUCCAUCAAUGUUUUCAUUAAUUUUUUUCUCGGGCUUGGUGCCACGGAACUCAUGUAAUUCAGUUUUAUAUGAGAGAAACAGUCAAAGCCAAUGACUCCCAUGAAUUAAGUGCCCACGUGAUCAGAGACUCGUUACCAAAUUUGACAGCUACGGGUGACAGCAUGUGUUGAAGGCUUCCCUCAGUUUCCUCCUUACACGUCGUUACAAAACCGAAACACAAAACCAUCGGAGCAUCAAAUUCACGUUUUGUUCCCAUUACUUUUUGGCACAAAUUUCGGGACUUGGAUAAAGACAGUUCCCAAAAGUAUACCUUCUGAGGAGUUGAGCAGUUUCAGAGAGAGUAUCAUGGGAGUGUUGACUUGAUAAAAUUUCCUAACCAUUUCAGCUUUUGUGGAUUUCUUUUUUGAUCGUAUGAUCAGUGAUAGGCCGGUAUAUUGUUUAUUGUUUAUUUACGGUAAAAGAGUGAAACAUAAGGGGUUAAAUUAAAUGGUGUAAUUAAAAGCGAUCGACCCAGAUCAUCAAGAGUCCUUAACCCCAACCCCGACACGUUUGGUGUAUUUAACCUUAAGCACGCCGUUUCAGGACAAUUUAACCUAUUGAAAUGUAAGGCGGGGAUGCGCGGUUAGUCACGAAGAUGGGUCGAAGUGACUCAGACGCGCUAUUUCCCGAAGCCGACGCAGCGCUCACACGGCACCGCAGCUGUGUACCACGCUGUUUUCUCAGGCUUGCACGCCCCGUAUCAGCCGCUGAUCACGCGCCUCCCGUGCUCCGAUUGGACGUAACGUCACACACCUUCGGCUGUGAUUGGCCGAGUUCCGAACCCCGCCCAUUCCGGCCCCUCCCGGCGGUCAACGCGCGGUGUGAAUGAAGGUGGGAAAAAGCGGAGGAAAACAUGUCCUGAAACAUUUGGGGGAAAAGGACGGAGGGGAGUCUAACUUCAUUCUUGGAGCAGCGCACCAGUAUGAAGAUGCGGAAUUUCACGACCCCUCAGUCCCUGAGUCCAGGGGGGCCAGGAGAGUUUCCCUGGAGCGCCUCUGUGCAGAUGAAGGACAUCGAGGCUGUGGAGGCCCUCAUGGCCAUGAGCUGCUGCUGGAAGGCUAAAGGCCGCGGGCAUGCCGACCCCCGACCCCCGACGCCUUCCUCAGACACCUCCGAGGAGGACUCUCCCUUCCCUCCUCCCACCAAGUUCCGGGGUUCGCCUCUGUGCCUGACUCCGCCCUACAGCCCUCCGGGUCUCGAACCCCAGCAAGUCCCGUCGCCAGCUCAGCCGGAACCGGUCUCGGCCUCCUCCUCGGUGUCUGUCGGGCUGGGCCAGCCCCACGCCACCAGCGUGAUCCGACACACGGCGGACUCGCUGCCGUGCAACUGCAGCAACUGCCCUGUUAGGGAGGAAAGGGGUACCUUGUGCCCAGAGGCACUUGCGCCGACGCAGCAAGAUGGUCCUGUGCCAAGUGUUCCUCGCGCAGACACACCCUCUGUGACUCCGUCCCCAAGUCCUCUGCAGCCUUCCGCGCCUCUACCUGUCCUUUGUCGGGUACUUCCUGUCUCGCCUUCACACCAACCCAUCGUCACGACCGUCGUGCCUGCUCCGGCGCCGAGCCAGCAGGGGGCACUGUGUCAGCCUGUGGUGCUGGUGGGCAGCGGCGAAGUUUCCAAGAACCCCGUCGUUUUCCUCGUCCCCCAUCCCGUGCCUCCCAGUCCCAGGCAGCUCCCUACAGUGACCCCCAGUGGCACCAGGCUGGCGGCCAUCGCCCCGGCGCCAGGAUUUGCGCCAGUGGUGCAGAGGAACACCAUGCAGGGAGUCGUGUCCCGCGUCCGUAACCACGUCUGCGAGCAGCCCGGCUGCGGAAAAACCUACUUUAAGAGCUCCCAUCUCAAGGCCCACAUGCGGACCCACACAGGUGAAAAGCCCUUCAUCUGCAACUGGGAGGGGUGCGAGAGGCACUUUGCUCGGUCCGACGAGUUGUCCCGGCACCGACGCACGCACACGGGCGAGAAGCGCUUCGCCUGCCCCGUCUGUAGCAGCCGCUUCAUGCGCAGCGAUCACCUGGCCAAACACGCCCGGCGCCACCUGGCCACCAAGCGCCCACCUGGCUGGCAGGUGCAGCUGGGUCGCCUGAGCGCUCUUGCUGGUGCCAUCGCCCCCACGUGUCCCUCGCUCCUGUCGUGAGAGGCCUCCAGGAUCGAGGGUGCAGGGCCAGACCCGCGUCAAGCCUCACUCUCACGGAGUUCCCGGUGGGCAGCGGCUAAGGAACUGGACCAAACAUUCCAGAAAAGGUCCUGCUGCUGUGAACUUGGGUGAACCCUUUGCCCCGGAAUGCUUUUACAAAUAACCCGGUUGUGCAAGUGGGUGAAAGUGUGAGUCGUAAGAAGCUGCGUGACUCGCUAUCGCUAAGUGCCUGCUAAGCAGAUAAGUAGCGGUAAUCGCCUUGGCAACGGGGGCACUCCUAAAGAAUGCCUCCUGCUGGUCAAGUCCACUCAGGAGAUUUUGCACAGCAGCUGAGUUGCACUCAUAGAUCUUUGGAUUUUUUUUUUGUACAGUUUGUUUACCCUGAAUUUGUAAGCUUUACUGUGGCGUCCAGGUCAGGGAAAGCUCACUGUAGUGUUGAUUGCUGAAUGGAUGCAAUGGGGUUCAAAUUAAGGUGUCCUGAAAGCAGGCUGGAGCCAAGUGUUGUACACAUAGUUUCUCCAUGUUGUAGAACAGAUUUUUUUUUUUUUUUUGUACAUUUAUACAGUUUUCUGGCAUAAUCACUCAGCUCAGGUAAAGGAAGUUGGCAAAGGUUUGGCUACAGCAGUUUGUCCUCCUGCAUUGCUAUGGCAGCAGGGGCAUGUCAUAUCAUUUAACAUGAUACUCAUUUAUGUCCACCAGGGAUUAACUGGCAGAUGGUCUAAUAUUCUUUUCUCUCUUCAUAGAUUAAUAUUAAUCUAUUUUAGUCACCUUGGCAUCUGCUCAAUAAAGAGUAAUGCUAUUAAAAAAAAUCUUAUGUUAGGGUCCGAGGUUACAGUGUGAAACGUUUGUUUGGUUAUUCAAAUAGGGCAUGGCCAAUAUUCUGGGCAGAAACAUCAGUCAUGGAACAGCUGAUUUACAUUAUUCAGUUUUUUUUCUCUUCCUACCACCAACACAUGUUGUUGCUGCCACGAUUAUGCUUCAAAAGUAUAAUUAGUUUGUUUACAAAGAUCAAGAAUCACUUGUGGCUUGACCAAAGUAAUGUUUUCUUGAAAUGCAUCUGUAAUUAUUUUGCACAGGUUUUUUUCACUUAUAAAGAUAAUGAUUUGUUAUAAGUGUGGUGGUCCUUUUGAGAAAGUCUGGAGGUAUGCUGCUGAACAUGGGUCUGGACAACUACUUUUCACAAAGUCAGCACAUAUCAGCAGGAUAAGGACUCAGCAUGGGUGGUGGUUCUAAUUCCAGGGGAUGGGGGCUGCUAUACUACCCUUGAUUUAAUUUACAACUAGAAAUGUGCCAUACCUGUAUUAGCACACCUGGCAUGAGGUCAUCAAGCAAUGUAUUGACAGCUGGUACCAUAAUAGCUGCCUUUAGACCCAAGGGUCAAUAAUUCAAAUCCUACUUCCAGCUUCAGUACUCAAGGUACUUAAAUUGCUCCAGUAGAAAUUAUCCUUAGGGGUAAAUAAAUUGGAGGUAGAUUAACACUAAGUCACUUUGGAGAAAAGUAUUACCUAAAUUAAAAGUAUCAUGAUUCAGAUUGAGACAAGAUGAAUAUUUCAGUAAGCUACAUAAGUGUUUUUUUUCCUGGAAGGUUCAUUCAUAAAUAUGGAAGCACAAGGGUUUAUGACCAAAUCCACUCCGGGUCAAACAUGCAAGGUUGGCUAAAUGAACAUAAGUAUCUUCAGAGAUCCAGUUAGCCAUCCACAGUCAUUUUACACUAUGAUUCACCAAGUACCAUUAGACCCUUGACCAGCACUUUGGUCCUACUGCCCAGGGAGAAGUUCUGUUGGAUAUUAAGUCAACAUAACCAAAAAAGUCAAGAGGCAGUUGAAUUCAGAGCAGCAAAAAAUGUCUGCAACAAAGAAAAAAACAGUUCAAAAAUGUGUAUUAAAUUAAUCACUUUCAUUACUUUAACACACAAUUGUACAGUCAACAACAGGUUUACAUCCAUUAGUGCCUUAAAUCAAAGUUUACUGACAUCAGAGCUCUUUGUUGAGGGGGGGAUUUACAAGCUGGGUGUUAAUUUUAAAUGCUUUUACUUGGUUGGUCAUUACAGGAGACUGUGUGCCAGCACAACA